AUGCGAACAAAUUAUACAGCAGAAGCAAUUCCAUACGAGCUUGAUAAAGACAGGUCGAGGGCGUACAUGACGCCAAGCGGCCUCAGGGAGUCGCACUUGAAGCCAGGACAGCAUGUGAAAAUAGCGUGCGGUGCCCGUGAGACUGUGCUGAAGAUUGUUCCUAAAUUUGACGGUGACGAGAACGCUGUCUAUCUCCCCAGAGAAGAGAUGGCGUAUCUCCAAGGAAGACCGGGCGACUUGGUCUCUGUGGAGAAAAACACAGGCGAGUAUCCAGAGGCUAGCGAGGUCUGUGUUGUGUUUAAAAGGAUCAGGAAGACCGUUGAAAGACUGGAGUCUGUGCGCCUUAUGCUGACAGACAAGAGCAUAGUGUCUGGGGGAGAAAGCGCAUUUGGCGGGCUUGUGAGGAUAAAAGAAAAUACGAAAGUAAAAGUGACAGAAAACACAAAAAUAACAAUAGAAACAGAAGAUAAGGCUGCGCCUGCCAUAGGCCUUGAGAAGGAAAUUAACGAGCUCAAAACGUUCAUUGAGGCUGCCCAUGCCAACUCCUAUGCAGGAGAGCACUCUGUGCAGCAGUCAGCGGUAGAAGAGGUUAACACAAAAAGUCUUGAUGCCCACAAGAUGUAUCCAGAAGGAAGUGCGGAAUGGCGCUCUUCUAAGGGGCUUAUUGUAACAGGAGAGACGGGAAUGGGCAAAAAAACGCUGUGUUUGCACGUUUUGCAGGAGAUAGGCAAAGAGUGGGUGCGGGUGCACGGGAACAGAGCGAAAGCAAUAGAAGAUGCGUUUGAGUAUGCAAAACUAAACGAGCCCUGCACUGUCUGGAUAGACCGGAUAGACAGGUAUGUGGAAGAAAAGUCUGCAGAAACUGUGAUAUGCAUAGAAAGGAUACUGGAAGAGAUUGCUAAAGAAAAAAGAAAGAUAGCAGUUAUUGCAACAGCAAAUGAUCUGGGGCAGGUGCCAAAGGAUUUGAAGAACGCCCACAUGCUGGAUAAAGUAGUUGCCCUGCAUGCGCCGACACUAGUGCAGAGGAAGGCUCAGCUGCUGGCAGGCGUACAGCUGCACAAGAUGCACAGAGGGUGCUCAGUGGAUCUAGACAUGGUAGACAGCGCAGCCAAGCGCACAGCAGGGUUUACGCGUGGAGAGAUAUAUCUCCUGCUAAGAGACGGGCUGUUUGGAAGAAGAGUAGCACAGACAUCUGAGGGUGUAGUUGAAACAGCAGAUCUCUCUCUUGAAGCGUCUAUUACCGGGCUAAAAAUAAAAAAAGACGGAGAGAAGAGCUGCUGCGAUGGGCAGUGCAUGGCGCGGCUGAUGAACAGCAUUGUAAGAAGCAUUCCGAGUGCUUCAGACGGCGUGCCUGCAGAAGUGCCAAAUAUUCGGUUCUCUUCUAUAUUUGGGCAAGAACAGGCUAAACAGAAGCUGAAAGAGGCUGUCAUCUGGCCGGUGUCGCUCAGCUCUCUCUUUGACGAGAUGGGCGUAACUCCUCCAAAGGGCGUGCUGCUAUACGGCCCUCCUGGGUGCGGUAAAACACUUAUUGCACAGGCAUUAGCUAAUGAGAGCGGGGCAGUCUUUCUGUCAAUACGCGGGCCAGAGAUAAUGGGCAAGUAUGUGGGAGAGAGCGAGGAGCGGGUGCGAAAAGUCUUUGCCAGGGCAAGGGCACAGACGCCCUCGAUAAUCUUCAUUGACGAGAUAGACUCUAUAGCACCGCACAGAGAGGCAGAGGGCGGGCAGGUUGAUAAGAGAGUUGUGUCAACGCUUCUUACAGAGAUGGAUGGAGUAGGCGGGGCAUCGGGUGUUUUUGUGCUGGGUGCUACUAAUAAGCCGUGGAGCAUAGACAGCGCUCUUAUGCGCCCGGGAAGAUUCGACUGCCAUGUGCUGGUAGACCUGCCAGAGAAAGAGACUCGCAGGGAGAUCAUACAAAACAAGCUGAGAAAAACAGUGCAGGCUGUGCAGAGCUGGAAGAGUGCCAGGCCUUCAGACAGUGUGUCUUUGGAGGAGUAUUUUGCAGAGAUAACAGAGGGCUUUACGGGGGCAGAGCUAACAGGGCUUUGUGCUGACGUGGCUAUGGAGGCGGUUAGGUUUAAAAUGCAGGAGAUACACGGGAUGAAGAAAAGCUCGGAUGGGGUGGAGGAUAUAACAGACAGGCUUAAGAAAAUAGCCAGAGCAACCAAGCCAAGAAUUCCCUCAAAGGAGAUAGAGACCUUCAGAGCCUUUGCAAAGGACCCUGCAAGUAUUCGCAUAGAGUAA